CCCCAGAUCCAGAAGUGAGUGGAACCCGGAUGACGUUCUUCCGCUCUUCCUGGUGGCCUGGAGCCCUGCAUGACCAAAGGCAGGUCUGAUCUCUGAGGAAGAAAAACCUUGCCAGGGAACAGAGACCCCCAAGCUAAGGGCGCCAUGGCAGCAUCAGCCCCCUUGAGGAGCCUGGAGGAGGAGGUGACCUGCUCCAUCUGCCUGGAUUAUCUGCGGGACCCAGUGACCAUCGACUGUGGCCACGUCUUCUGCCGCAGCUGCACAGGUGAUAUCCGCCCCAUAUCGGGGAACCGACCAGUCUGUCCGCUCUGCAAGAAGCCCUUUAAGAAGGAGAACAUCCGGCCUGUGUGGCAGCUAGCCAGUCUGGUAGAGAACAUUGAGCGGAUGAAGGUGGACAAUGGCAGGCAGCCGGGGGAGCUGGCCCGAGAGCCACAGGACAUGAAGUUGUGUGAGCGGCACCAGGAGAAGCUACACUACUACUGUGAAGAUGACGGCAAGCUGCUGUGCGUGAUGUGCCGGGAAUCCCGGGAGCACAGGCCUCACACUGCAGUCCUGGUGGAGAAGGCCGCCCUGCCUCACAGAGAAAAAAUCCUGAACCACCUGAAUACCCUAAGGAGGGACAAAGAAAAAAUUCAGGGCUUUCAGGCCAAGGGAGAGGCUGAUAUUCUGGCUGCGCUGACGAAGCUGCAGGAGCAGAGACAGUACAUUGUGGCAGAAUUUAAGCAGGGCCACCAGUUUCUGAAGAAGCGGGAACAGCACCUGCUAGACCAGCUGUCCACCCUGGAGCAGCUCCUCACCGAGGGCAGGGAGAAGUUCAAGACCCGGGGCGUCAGCGAGCUUGGCCGGUUGACUCUGGUCAUCUCCGAGCUGGAAGGCAAGGCACGGCAGCCCGCCGCAGAGCUGAUGCAGGAUGCCUGCUCUACACAGGACACCAAGGACUUUGCCAACAGGUACCCACGGAAGAAGUUCUGGAUUGGGAAAGCCAUCCCUCACAUGGUUAAAAGAAAGGCAGGAGAAUUCUCAGAUAAACUUCUCUCUCUGCAGCGAGGCCUGAGGCAGUUCCAGGGCAAGCUGCUUAGAGACUUGGAGUAUAAGACAGUCAGUGUCACCCUGGACCCACAGUCGGCCAGCGGGUACCUGCAGCUUUCAGAGGACUGGAAGUGUGUGACCUAUACCAGCCAGUACCAGAGUGACUGCCUGCACCCCCAGCAGUUUGACUGUGAGCCGGGGGUGUUGGGCAGCAAGGGCUUCACCUGGGGCAAGGUAUACUGGGAAGUGGAGUUGGAGCGAGAAGGCUGGUCAGAGGAUGAGGAAGAGGGGGAGGAGGAAGAAGAAGGGGAAGAGGAGGAAGAAGAUGAGGAGGCUGGCUAUGGGGAUGGAUAUGAAGACUGGGAAACGGAUGAGGAUGAGGAAUCACUAGGGGAGGAAGAGGAGGAGGAAGAGGAAGAGGAGGAGGAAGUUCUGGAAAGCUGCAUGGUGGGAGUGGCCAAAGACACUGUGAAGAGGAAAGGGGACCUCUCCCUGCGACCAGAGGAUGGUGUGUGGGCCCUUCGGCUCUCCUCCUCAGGCAUCUGGGCCAACACAAGCCCCGAGGCCCAGCUCUUCCCAGUGCUGCGGCCCCGGAGAGUGGGCAUCGCCCUGGAUUAUGAAGGGGGCACUGUGACAUUCACCAAUGCAGAGUCACAGGAACUCAUCUAUACCUUCACGACCACCUUCAGCCGGCGCCUGGUUCCCUUCCUGUGGCUCAAGUGGCCAGGAACACGCCUCCUGCUGAGACCCUGAAUUCCAGAACCUGCCUGGGCCACACUACAGAAUCCUCAGUUCUCUGAGAUUCGAGGACUCUGAGAUGAAGAAGGGUUGCCUGGACCGUACCCAUGGAAACUUCCUUUCUCUGGGAUCCCAAGACUGUGUGAUGGAUGAACAUUCUUGGUCAGAGCACCAGGAGGAGGAAAGAGGAGGGACAUUGACAUCCAAAAGGCACCCAUCUCCUCACAGUCAUGGCCAGGAUCUCUCUCAGUGUGUCACUUCAUCUGUAUUUCUUGUUUGAACUUCUCACUCUCCUGCCCAUUUCCUCUGGGAUGACUCCCUCCUUCCUGAGAACCCAUUUGUCUUGGCUCUGUGUUCUCUGUUGAGUAGGGGCGGCAGCAGCAUUUUCUCGUUCAGUUGUUGUCCAGUGCUCACAAGUAUUGAAAGAGACCAUCAGUGACAUCUGAAGCCAUUUGGCUGUCCUCAAAUUUGAGGUUCCUCUUGCCCAAAAACCACUCUGUUGCCUACCUUCCCUGGCUUCUUAAACUCACUUUUCCUACCCCACCAGAGUUAAAUAUCUGAAGAAGCAGGAUUGAACAUAGUCAAGAUCCAAGGCUGUGUAAGUUUGUGUCCUGAAGUGCUGGUGAAAUCAUCUCCUGGUGUCAUUAGCAAAGCUCAUGGCCUUCAAACCCAGAGCUGAAGAAGGGGUGGAACUCCCCAGGGCCAUCUGUAUCUCAAAAAGCAUCCAGGUACUGACUCAGGCAGGAGCUGUGGUCAAUAGAUUACCUCUGCAGAGUAGACCUUGUGAAGGUAAAACAAUCCCAACAUCUUGCUCUUGACUAGUGGAUCUAAAAACACUGAGGCCCAGGAAAUCAGAACUCCCCCUGCUUCAGAGUCUCCAGCUAGUGUUUCCAGGACAGCUUUAGGCCUCUGCUGUUGGCACCAUGGAGUGUCCAGAAUCACUUUCUUAGGAUAUGGAUUGGAGAAGGGAAGACAGUCAUGAGGAAUCUGGAGAACUCCCACCCCAGGUCUUAACUGUGAGGAGAUGACCUGCAGUGUCUCUCUGUUGACCCAGCACCAGCCCCUUUGUCCAGUCACCCAGUGCCCACAGUUGAACACCAGCUCCUGCUUAGCCAAAAUGAUGCCCCUCUUCUUAUCCUUAAACAUUCCACAUUUCCUCUGUCCAGGUGUUAAGCUCUUCUUCGCUCUUGAGAGGCUGCUCCCAGACUCUGGAUCUUGGUGGCCUUAGAGUCACCACACUGUCUCAAGACCGAACACUUUGUAUAUAUCACACGCUGCCUGAGUCACUAGUACAUACACAGUGGCUCCCUCACCACCCUUUGUUUUUCCUGGAAUUAAUCAUCACUCUUCUCUUCCUUCUCCUUUAAUUCAUUUCCUGUGUCUUUAUUACUAAUAAACUACAAGUUCUUUUAGUGAUUAGCAAUCUCAA